UUUUACAAAUGUUAUGUUAUGGCAAGAUAUUAUUGGCUUAACUGGCUUUUGCUAUCCAACUCCUCUUUCAUCUAACUUCGUCAACAACAAACCUGAGAAAAAAAUCCAGUUCAACUGAAGUAACAUAAACAUCUCAUGGCUUCACGUAUUUGCUUCUCUCCAAUUCAUCUGCUCCACUCUUCUUCACUUUUCGUUCCUUCUUUUAAAUUAAACCCAUUUACACUUUCACAAAUUUCGAAACUUUCUCCUUUUCAUUCUUCUUUCUCAGCAUUGAACCGUAAUUGUCAAAUCAAGCUCAAGCACCCACCAAGAGCUUCUGCUGAAGGAGUUCCAAGUGAGUUAAUGGAAGAUUCAAAGUUCGUUCCUUUAAAUGCUGACGAUCCCGUAUACGGGCCACCUGCUUUGUUACUGUUAGGCUUUGAAGUGGAGGAGAAAGUGAAGAUACGAGAACUUUUGACAGAGUUGGGUGGUGAAUUCAUGGAGGUUUUAUUUUGCACCGAAGACAUGAUUCCUCUUUCACUUUGGGAAGCAAUGAAUGCAAAGCAACCAGAUCUGGAAGCAGUAAAGAUUGCAGAGUCUCUACCUCGGAUAUGCUUCUUAUCUGGUCUCAGCGGGGAGGAAAUGUUGAUGUUUAUCGAAGUAUUUCCAGAAACGGGACUAGAACCACCUGUAUUUGCAGCUCUUGUUCCCAACAGUGCCGAUAAAACACUGCAGGAGCUUAUAGAAGAGAUUAUGGGAGACCAUGAAAUGCUGACAGGAGAGGAAUUCAACUCGACGGACGCAGACGAAGAUAAGAUACUUGAAGAUUAGAAUUCGGUUCCCAUCCAUUAGACUCUGCAGUUCAAGGUUUUGAUGCUAAAGAACAAUGUUUUAGUGUUUUUCAGUAUAGAGAAAAAUAGCAUGACAGUAAGCUAAAAGUUUUUUACAUCAGUAACUCCUUGAAUGUGUAUGGUAACUGUAUUUUUUAAGGUUUAAAAACCCGGCCCGAGAUGAAACCCGACAAAGUGAACGAAUCCC